GGUCCUCCGGUCUUCGCGGAAGGAACGCCAGCAUGGAAGGCUUAUCACCCAGUACCUCAGAUGACCCUCCAACUUCCACAGUCCUCUUGGACAGCUGCCACUUCUCUCAAGUCAUCUUUACAAACGUGGAGAAGUUCUACAUCCCUGGAGUGGACAUCACCUGCCACUACAACCUUUCCGAGUACAUCACUCCCCGCAGGAAAGACUGGGUGGGCAUUUUCAAGGUGGGAUGGAAGACGACGCGUGAAUAUUACACGUUCAUGUGGGCGCCGUUACCGAGCAGCCCCGACAAUGCUGAACAUCAACAAGUCCUGUUUAAGGCUUACUACCUGCCGAAGGAUGAUGAAUAUUACCAGUUCUGCUAUGUCGACCAAGACGGAAUAGUCCGUGGAGCCAGCGUCCCCUUUCAGUUCCGUGCAGUUGCCGAGGAUGACAUGCUGGUGGUUACUACACAGGGAGAAGUAGAGGAGAUUGAACAGAAAAAUAAAUCUCUGCUUCACGAAAACCAGAAACUGAAGGAAAAGUUAACAAAUCUCCAAAAGCGGAAUGAGGAUUUACAGGAGCAGAUAGACAUGGCAAAGGAGACAGCGAAAGAGCUUGAGGACAAAGUCCAUUUGUUGCAGAGUGGAACCAUGGAGCUUCAGAGAGCUCAGGAUCUCCAGGCUUUAGAGAUCAGCUCUGCCCACAAGGAACUGGCUGCCGUUAAGGAGGAUAACGUUAAACUGCAAGAGGAAAACCAGGAUCUUAAAAGAAGAUUGGAGGCUUUAAGGAGUGACAGCGAGACCCUCAGUUUAGACGCAAAACUUGCCAAAGGGGAGAUCAUUCGUCUGGAAAUCCAGAACAGCGACAAGGAGGCAGAACUACACCAGAUUAAAGAAGAGAAUAAACAGCUGUUGACUGAAAAGGAGCACCUGGAAAGCAAAUUGAAAGCUACCCUCAGUUGCGUGGAUCAGCUUAAGAAAAAUUAUGGCAAUUUGAAAAAGGAACUGGAGGAGAAGGCACUCUUGCUUCAGACCCUGCAGAAGGAAAAGGAUGAAAUGGACAUAGAGUCUCAGAGAUUAAAGCGGGAAAAUGAGGAUCUGAUGGCACACCUCCCUGAAGUCCUAGAUAAUGUACCUGCUGGAGCCUUCACUCAGUCAUCAAGAAAUGCUGCUCUUGUGUUCGGGAACCCGUAUUCUAGCACCCCAGAGCACCCUGAUCCAGACUUGGACUCCAUGAAAAAAUGUCCGAUGUGCUAUGAAGUCUUCCCUCCUGACCUUGAAGAGCGGUAUUCAGUCCACGUGCGAAGCCACUGUCUUGAAUGCCCGUAUUGCGAGGAGACUUUUGAUGUAUCUAACAAGCAAGUGUACGACGACCACGUCUUCUGCCACGGCUUAGACUAA